UUUUAUAAUGAUCAAUUCGUAGAACAGUUAGCAAAAAAUAAUAGAUCAUCGAAUAAUAAUAAUUUAUAUAAUUUUCUUAGUGAAAUUGUUAAUGAAUUAUGUAAUAUUUAUGAAAAAGAAAGAUUGAAGGGCAAAG